AUGGGCAACGUUAUCCAAGAUGAAUACGCAAUAAUUCGAGAUAAUUAUGAGACGCCCAGAGAUCCAAUAGUCCUCGCUCAUGGACUACUCGGAUUCGAUGAACUACGCCUUGCUGGCCCGCUUCUUCCUGGUGUCCAGUAUUGGCGAGGCAUCAGGGAGGCAUUGACAAUGAAGGGCAUCGAGGUUAUUACGGCGACUGUACCGCCGUCUGGGUCUAUUGAGCAGCGCGCCGAGGAAUUGGCGAGAGAUAUUGCCAUUGGUGCGCGGGGAAAGAAUGUUAAUAUUAUUGCUGGGCUUGAUUCUCGGUACAUGAUCAGCCAUCUCAAGCCAAAGGACUUCAAAGUCCUGUCUCUGACUACUAUUGCAACUCCUCACAGAGGCUCCGCAGUUGCAGACUAUAUCCUUGAGCAAAUCGGAGCGGAACGCUUGCCCCAGGCUUACUAUGCCCUCGAGCGCCUGGGUUUCGAAACCGGAGCUUUUGCACAGCUUACACAAAAGUAUGCAGCAGAAAGAUUCAAUCCAACAACGCCUGAUAUUGAGGAUGUCCGGUACUUUUCUUACGGAGCAGCCAUGGAGCCCAGCAUAUGGUCCGCAUUCCGUUUAUCUCACCGGAUCCUCAGAGAAACCGAAGGAUACAACGACGGCCUGGUCAGCGUUGCCAGUAGCCGCUGGGGAGGAGAGCACGGCUAUAAGGGGACCCUUGUCGGCGUGAGCCAUUUGGACUUGAUCAAUUGGACUAACCGGCUGAAAUGGUUGGCUGGUGAAAUCACCGGUAAUAGACGGAAGUUCAACGCCAUUGCGUUUUAUUUGGACAUUGCAGAUAUGCUGGCGAAGGAGGGUCUGUAG